UUGGUAAACCACUGAAAACAGAUGCUGCAACAGCAAGCCUGUCAAGGCCAUCUGUUGCACGUAUUUGUGUUGAGGUUGAUACUAGCCACAAAAUCCUCUAGAUGGGUGUUGAAGGACACGCCAGGGACUGGGAAUACAGCUCCUGCUGUAGCUGUCCCUCCGUUGCAAACGGUGGACACCACUUUGAGACUUGUGGCAAAACAACUUGAUGGUCAGAAUCAGGAUGGUCCAGAUGAAAAUGCUUCCACUGCUGUAGAAACAAAUACUUCUGCCCAGGCUGAAACAAAUCUGUUUCAAUCUGAUCCAAAACGUGAGGCUAAGGAACUGGAACAGAUACUAGAACCUGGAGCUGAAACCUUUGUUUUUGAACAUGAGGCACAAUCUGCUAUUGACUCGGAUACAAAUUUGGAAAGAGUUGAAGCUUUGGCAACCACCAUUGUUAAUGGUAGGAAUGCUAAGGUUCCUAAGCCAGCUGACAGUGCUGAAGACAAAACAGUGAUGAUGGUAGAGAUUGAACAAAUCUGUGUUGGUGAGGAUGCUUUGGAGAACAACCAAACUCCAACUAACACCGAUCCUAAUUCCGAGAUUGAACAAAGCUGUGAGGCACACAAACUGUCUCCCAAGAUAGAUUUGGAAGGCACACAGUACGAAGAGGAAUUCCCUCCCCUCUCCAAAGAGUCCUUAACUGCAACCACGGAUGAUUUUCCAUCCCAAAAAUUUAACAGUGAUGCACACACUCUUUCCUUCGAGAAAGAGAUGGAUGGAACACUAUCCCCUACUAUCAUUGGAGAUGAUGAAACUAUUUCUGAUCCUUCUCUUAGAAAAAAUUUUUUCCCACCAGUAACUAACAUUGCAGGUAAUGACCAAACUACUACUGGCCCUAUUCUUCACUCUUUUGAGGUGGAUGGACAGCACUAUGAAAUCAGGUCCUAUGAAGAAGCGGAGACAAGCAACCUAAGGGAGGAACCUAACAACUUCCAAGAUGUCCAGAACAAACGCAACAAAAAAGCGGGGAAGAGGGGAACUGCACCAAGGACGAUUAAAACUAGAAGCUACGAUCCAAAUCUUGAAGUUGGAACAGUAAGCGAGAUCACUAGAUAUUGGCCCAGCCGCAAAUCAACCACAAUGGAGAAAAUCGUCACUACCAAAAGUUAUUCUGGGCCCUUUUGGUAUGUUGGACCUGUCGGCCCAAUUGGGGCAGAUGGGAAAAGGCUAAAGAAAAUAAUGCCCAGAAACCUUGCAUUGGAUCAACACCCGGGUUUUAUAAUUUGGGAAUGACCAUCUGUAGUUCUUUCGAUUCACUUUUCAUUCAGUUUUUUUUCCAUGCAUUUCUAAGAGGGGCAUUGGCCUAGUCCUCCCCUCAUUUGUACCUUUUCUUUUCUUUUUUCUUAUUUGAAUAAAAAUUUCGUUUAAUA